CCAGGCUAAAUGUAAAAAAAAAAAGACAAAAUCAGCGUUUUAGCACAGGACAAAGAAGUAAAUAAUUAUACAAAGUAGUAGCAGUUGCUUUGUGAAAGAAAAAAGCCACGUUAGCUAAAAAAAAAUCCUCAUGUGUGAAUUUUUUCUCCCACUCAAGACUCCCACGCCGUCCGUGAGUGCGCUCUCUACCUUUUUCUCGUUGUGUCAGAAGUGUUUCUGUCCCACAGCCUGAAACCAGCAGAGAGGCUUUAGCUGCUGGCCGUGUUUACAGCUGAGAGGAGAGUCAUAAAUCUAAUUCUAUCAAGUCUUUCAUUCUGGCUGCAAACAUUACCAUGCAGAAGGAAUUCCCCGUCUCCCUUCUUCUGUCCUCCACGCUGCGUGUCCUCCCGCUUUGGCCUUUUGGGUGAUGAAACCUCUACCCAUUUCUCAUCCCCAUGCUCCUGCUGCUGUGGGGGGUUCCCUUCUAAUAUUUAUCAGCUUUGAUCAGAAUGUGCACAGUACUGCACUCUUACUUCCUAGGAAAAGGGCUCAUUGUGAAAAUGGAAAGGACCUUUGCGGCUGAGCGCUAAAACAGCGCAUUUUGUGCAAAAACGCAGGUUAAUGAUUAAGCCGCCCGCAGAAGCUCUUUAUCUCCCAUGGAUAUGGAAAUGCAGCACUCUCAGUCUCUAUUUAUUCCUUUGUUAGCCCAAAAAUCUGCUUAGGUCCAUAGCUUCUCUCUUGGAUGCGGGGUAAAUUAUAAGAAAAUUAUUUUAAACAUCUUUUGGGAUGGUGUAUUGUAAACCAGGCAUUAUUAAGGUUAUUAUUUUCUAGAAGGACUACCUCAUUUGGGUUGUUGGGGGAGGAGGAGGAGAGGCAACUACUUGAUUUGGACAGGCUUUCCAAGGCGCUUGCUUCAUUUGCAUAAUUUUUCUUGUCUACGGUGACGCUCUGAUUCGGGGCAGUUCACUGGUGUCUGCAUGGUAACUGCUGAAGGAUCUCAUAGUCAAGCAUAGCCUUAGCUGACGUUAAUAUUGCCAUGAAGCCCUGUCCAUUACCCUGCAAGCAUGGGAGCAGAUAACUCUUCUUAUCGCGCUGACCCGACUGCUCACGCCUGCUUUCGCAAUCUCGGCGAGUAAGAAGAGAAAAAGGAAAAAGGGGGUCUUCUCUUGGCUCUUCCCUUUUUUUUCCCUGCGUGUUGUGCCUGCUAAUGCCUGUUUGCAUGGCAGGGCGCAGUCAGCCGCUGCUCCUUCAACCCAGUCAGCCCGGCUGCCUUUAAAACUUUUUUUCUUCUUCCUCUGGAUUACUGCCUUUGAUCGAUUUCGUCGCUGAAUGAGAAAAUAUUGCCCGGCGCUCUGCAUUCAUCGUAAGAGGAUAAGGUUCACCCAAGGAGGCCAUUGGCGGAGAGGCGUCACGUGACCACGGGGUGCCAAUGUUAUUCUACGAGGGUGUCAAGACCCUGUCAGUUUCUGAAAUAAAUAUUGGGAAACGGCGAGAUGCAAAAGGCGACCUACUACGACAGCUCCGCAAUUUACAGUGGCUACCCGUAUCAAAGCGCAAAUGGCUUCGGUUAUGAUGCCAAUCAGGUCCAAUAUCCCAGGGCUUCUCAUGUGGAAAGCGAGUACCAUCGACCCGCCUGCUCCCUGCAGUCUCCCGGUGGCGGCUCAGUGGCUCUGCAGAAGCCGGGGGAGAUGGUGGCGGAGGGCUGCGACAGGGCCAUUCAGGCAGCGCAGGCCAAGGUUCUCCCCGAAAGCAAUCAUCAAGCGCCGGUGUCAGGCCCACCCCCUCCCCCCUCACAGUCCCCAAGUGGAGUCAGCCAAGAUUCAAGCAACGGGUCCGUCAAGCCCAGUGCAGCCAAGAACGGCUCCCCGACUUCUACUACUCGCAACAAGCAGAUCUUCCCUUGGAUGAAGGAGUCCCGUCAGAACACCAAACAGAAACCUGCCAGCAGCUCCAGUUCAGUGGAGAGUUGCCCCGGAGACAAGAGUCCUCCGGGGUCAGCAGCAUCAAAGAGGGCCCGGACAGCUUACACCAGUGCGCAGCUCGUGGAGCUGGAGAAGGAGUUCCACUUCAACCGGUACCUGUGCAGGCCCAGGAGGGUGGAGAUGGCCAACCUGCUCAACCUCACGGAAAGACAGAUUAAAAUCUGGUUCCAGAACCGACGGAUGAAGUACAAAAAGGAUCAAAAGGGCGUCGGGAUGAUGCCGUCUCCCGGUGGACAGUCUCCGCGCAGCCCAGUCGGUCCUCCAUCCGGUGGGGGUGGUGGUGGAGGGAGCGGAUAUCUCAACUCUAUGCAUUCUCUCGUUAACAGUGUACAAUACGAGUCCCAGUCUCCAACCUCUUACAAUAAAACUCAUCAAAAUGCCUAUGGUAUGGCUACGUCAUAUCCCCCACCUCUGAGCAACUCUCUCAACAGCUGCCCACCCCCCCAGAAGAGGUACCCUGGGACGGACUCGGCCACGCCCGAGUAUGAAGCGCACCACCCACUGCACGGAAACGGCAACUACGGCGCGCACAUGCAGGGCAGCCCCGUCUAUGUCGGCGGAGGCUACAUCGACUCUGUGCCCAGCUCUGGGGCCUCGGUUUUCGGCCUCACCCACCUCCCUCACCCUCCACCUCCGUCUGGGAGCAUGGAGUACAACGGUGCGAUCACAAUGGGCAACAACGGCGGUCAGCAUCACGGAGUAUGCGAUCCGACGCCGACAUAUACAGACUUAACGCCGCACUAUUCUCAGGGAAGAAUCCAGGAAGCGCCCAAACUGACGCAUCUGUAGCAUGCGGCGCAAGCCUGGAUCACUCCGCCCCAUUGUCUCAUCCACCUCCAGACAUAUGCCCCCCCCCCCCCCCCCCCCCCCCCCUCCCUGCUUUGUUUCUGAGCCUCCUCACGGCUCCCACCUUCUCCUUUUGCCUUUUAUUUUGUUUGUUUGUGUUCUCUAUAGUUUGAUGUGUGAAGUAGCGUAGGAUAAAUAACCACGACUUGCUUGAAUUUUCCUCUAUUUUCUUGUGUCAUUGUCUCACAAAGACCUUUAUGUAAUAUAGAGUGUCUAUAGCGCCGAACGAAGGGAGACAAGCAGGGCAACAGCAUAUGCAUAGGCUUAUUUAAUCUUUUCCUUUUGGAAACGUAUUUUAUUUUUUUCAAAAUCUCAAACAGGGUAUUAUGAACACAUGUUAUUCAUUUUCAAUGUGAAGCUGUCUGUCCUUAUUUAUCCGCAAUUGAAGAAGUAUGGUUAGCUAUUUUUGCACUUGUGUACAAAAAGAACCUUAAGAGCCAGGAGCUGGUAAUGUGAGGAGAUUACAUUUUAGAAAGAAAAAAAAAAACAGAGGGUCAUGGGCUUGCACAGCCCCCCUUUUUCCUUCUGUUUUGUUCCAUUGGACUUCUUAAAUGUUAUUUAUUUAGACUCCAAUAGUAUUAUUUGACACCCUCCCAUCUUUGUCUUCAUGGGGGAGAAGGUUGGAGAAAAAUUAGCGCCAUGUUCGCCCUAUAAUUUCUGCCAUGUCACUAGAUUGCAGGCUAAAUGUUUCAAUUUUUUUUCUAAGUAUUAUUAUGAUAAUUUGAGGAGGUGUUUUUUUUCUUUGUAAGAGAAUGAAAAAAAAGAAGUCAAUCAGUCACGGAAAAAGGGUGGAAAGAAGGACACACGUUUUUAAUUUCUUUAUUGAAUAAAAGGCAAAAACAAAUCAUAUUUUUUUUCUUCUUCUAGAUGUCAAACAUUCCAUGCUGCUCCAGUUCGAAGAAAUGAAUAAAAUAAUUGCAGUAAAAAUCAGAUCUAUCAGUUUUAAUUUUAAAAGCCACAGACAUAGUUAUACAUUUACGAUACAUUGUACCGUUAUUUCUAACUUAACCAAAACAAAAAUAAUAAAAAGGAGGCAUCAACUUAUAAAACAAAAUGAAAAAUAGCAUCUUACUGAUGGAUUUUUUUUAAAUGCAAAAAAAUAAAUAUAAACACUGCAUGCUAUCAAUUGAUUUAACAAUAAAACACGUUAAAAUAGUGAAACGGUUUUAUUCAAUAAACAAGAACAACUUACAGCUAAAAUACCAAACAUUUGAUCUAUUUACUCUCAUUCUCGGGGGUGGGCUCCCUCUUUUUUUUUCCCUCAGCGCGUCUCUCUCAUCUGCGUGGGCACAUCCAUAAUAAUAAAAAUGUCAACCGGGUCUUCGUGGAGGGUUCUGCAAGGAGACAACAAGCCAAAUGAGAAAUCAUUUAGAAAUAAUCCGCCUAUGUGUAUAGUCAGUCAAACGCCGUGCAGAAAAGACGCGGUUUAAAAUGCAAUAAUGGGCAUUAUUUGUUCAAUCAUUCCCUGAAAGGUGUAGAUUUUGCUCCAUGAUAUCGACCAAAGCCGGCAGCAGAGGAACACAGACGGCCUAUAGCAUUUUCUUUCUUUUUUAUUUUUAUUUCCAAUGCAAAAAUAAAUUAGUAAUGCUUUGCUUUUUGAAAGCUGCAACCUAUCGUUUAUUUUUUUAGCUAAUAAAAAAAGCAAUCGGAAAUUCCCAGUGUUGAAUUUCAAGUGGAACAGGCCAUCCAAUAAAUCCGUGCGUAAAGAUAUUUCUCCAAAACAAGCCUCUGAUAGAUUUUGUUUAAUUAUGUUUUACAACUAACUUAUUUAUUCUCCCGUUUUCUUUCUGCUCCCAUUUUGAGCUACACAUGAUUGAUAUCAGAGGGCACGAACAUUACCAGCGAUGACAUAUGGUUAGCAGGGAAACCUAGAACAAUUGAAGCAUGGUGUGGCAUGGGGGGAAAAAAAGGCCAACGUUUUGAGUAUUUCUAUCAGACACAGAAACACACAUGCACACGCGUACUCAGCAGGACACCGAUUUGACCCACAUGCGCCAUACAGGUAGAAAACAAAUACAUUGCUUUUAAACUCAAAAUUGAAUGUAUGGAGUGUUUCUCUUAGCAUUCGUGGGAAACUACUCCCUAAACCACUGCUGCUGUAAAGAUAAGUGCAGAGGACGCAUUGGGCUCCCCUAAAUGCCGCCACCCACUCCCUGUCUUGGAAACAAAGCCUGUGCGUAAUUCCAAAAUAGCCAUCCGUCUCUUCUCUUAGCAACUCCCUACUUGUCCACUUGCAAAAAUUGGAGCAUAAAAAACAACAACAAAUACAU